AUGUUCUGGCGAUUCUUCGUGAACGGUCGUCGGUGGCGCUGUGGCGUCGGCACUUUCAGUUUGAUCGGAAUGUUAGGGUUCUGGAACCCGGCGCGCGGAUGGCUGGUACAGCGAGCAGUACGAAACGUGAGAGUCCCUGGACGUCUCAAUGACGAAAUCUUACGGCAGAAAAUGGGCUCUACCCGAAGUUUGACGCGACGGAGUAUGGUAGCACAGUGGAACGUUGGUGAUACCGUCUUGGUCCCUUCCACGAGAAAUAAGAACGACCAGUCGCUCGCACAAGGUGUAAUCUGCGAUCACCGGGGUUCGGGAUGGUAUUCCGUACAACUUGGUAGUGGAGCAGACAAGCGCAUCGUCAAGUUCCGUGGUACGCAGCUUGAACGGUAUCUUUCCGACGAAGCAAAGUCUCAAGCUUCCAUGGAAUCGUCGGCGCCGUUCGGAAAUUUCGACAACGUUCCGUUCAAUAUUUCGUCUCUUCCUGUCAUGGACGUUACCAAUCCGGUUACCAAGACCAAGUCAAUUUUGAAAAGUGGAGCACCGGGACCUGCUCCACCGCCACCGACGAUCAUUGAUCUAGACGCUGCUGUUCGGUCUAUGGACGAUCCUUUCGAUCCUGUGGAAAACGUUGCACAAAGGAACUACUUGCAACACGUAGCGCACCAUUCCAGCUUUGAACAAUGGGUGGUCUUCACAGAUCUCCAUUGCUCAGCAUCGACAAUGGAUGCCACAAUAGAGACCUUGCGAACUGUGCACCAGCACGCUGUGAAGAGAAAAGCAGGCAUUCUCUUUCUAGGAGACUUUUGGCAUCAUCGACGAACGUUGCGCAUCGACUGCCUCAACACUGUUCUACACGAAUUAUCGACCUGGACCGUUCCCAUGGUCAUGAUCCCAGGCAAUCACGACCAAGUCACUCUGGGUGGCCUAGUGCAUGGACUUACACCAUUGGAGCACGCCUACCGCGUUACGGCCAACAAGGGCUCGUUUUCCACAACCUUUCCCGGGCCGCUCGUCUUUUCACACGCCACCGUAUUCGCGAACGCCCUGUUUAUACCACACAUUCGUGACAAUGCUAUCAUGGAAUCUGUUUUGCAGUCCACGCACGCUCAGAACGCAGAAGCGCUCUUUGUACAUGCCGACAUAACUGGUGCUUACAUGAACGAUCUAAUUGUCUCUCUGGGUGGUGUUCCACCACGCAUGUUCCCUGGUAACAAGCCAAUCUAUUCCGGACAUUUUCACAAGCCUCACACCGUCAAGCAAGGCAAUAAGGCGAUCGAAUACUUAGGAUCUCCGUACGAGGUGUCGCUGGCAGAGGCUCAGCAACCGAAAGCUCUCGCCGUGCUGGAUGCAUCCAAUGGUUGGAAAUGCAUCGAAAAAAUUCCUUUGAGCAUCGGCCGAAAGCACUUUCGGCCUCUAAACGAGGACGAAUUCUUGGCACUUCGUCCAAAGCAAUUUGGAACACGGGACCGGGAUACAGAUGUGUUGGCUUCUAUUAGCGUGGACUCCGGUGAUCGUGUGCUUUUCUCCGUGGACAAGGAUAAACUAGAGAAGUUGCGGCGGUCUUCAGAGGUUGGUGAAACCAAUCCAAUCGACACUCAUGUGAGCAUUUUGCGUCAAAAAGGCAUCACCGUGGAACUUCGUGAAACACGGGAGUUGCCUGUUGGCCCAAUGGAAUCUGCAUCGCCCGACAUGAAGGGUGACUACAUCAACCUUUCGCUCGAAUCCACUUGGACCUCAUUUAUAGAAGGGGAGGUGCGACGAGGGGCCAUGACUGAAGAAAAAGCUGAUUUUUUAUCGAAGCCUGGUUUAGAUAUUUUGGCAGAUCUCGAUUCCGUGGUAAUUGGUAGUAUGUCAGGAAAUAAAACUGAUGUUGAGCUUUAUUCGCUGACCGUAGAAGGGUUUGGCCCAUUUCGACAGCCAGUUACCUAUCCGCUACUAGAACGAGGGCUAGUUCUGUUGAGAGGGUCGAAUAAAGAUGGGGGAUCUGACAGCAACGGAAGUGGAAAGUCGUCACUGGCAAUGUCGGCACUUUGGGCUUUUACUGGGAGCAUUGAUCCCCGCCCAUUGCAAGACUCAAAAGUUUCGGACGUCGUGCACGAUUCGUGCAAGGUAAUUGGACUUCCACGCUGUGACGCGUUAUGUCUUUCACAAGCAGCUCGCGUUACGGUGAAGGGAGCUUUCAAUGGUGUUGAAUUUUCCGUCACUCGAACAAAAACGGCAACAAAGGGGAACAUUGUAUUUACCCUAGGAGGCGAAGACCUGACGACGCAGUCUGCCAAGGAAACGCAAGAGCUUAUCGACGAGACCUUUGGCGUGAAUUCACAGAUUCUCGCUAGAACAAUAUUUAAUGGGCAGCAUGCAUUGAAUGAUUUAUUAGAGGCUACCGACUCGAAACUAAAAGACGAGCUUGCCACUGUCGUGCCGUUGAGUGGGUGGCAAGAUGCGGUAACGCUUGUGCGGAAAAUGGGACGCGAAGCUGGUAAAAGGGCAUCCGAAAUUGAAGGAAUGUUAGCUCUUCGCGAAAAGGAUUUGGAAAGGCUCGACCGGCGACUAGAAGACGCUACUUCUGUAGUUUAUGAAACGGAAGCCAGCCUCCGAAGUACAGAACAAUCCGUCACAGACGAGUUGGAAGGGUUGUAUUUUGCUGGAACCCAUUGCAUGGAACUAGAUGACUGGGAUGCUCGGCUUCUUGAUGCAUCUGAAAAGGUAAAGGCUCUUGAAAGGAGCUUGCGGUCCAAGCAGACUGAAAGAGACGAAGUAAUGAAAUCAGCAGCGGCGGAGGCGACUCGCCGGUCGAGUUUUCUCGAUUCUGCUGCUGAUAGCUUCAGGAGGGUCGAAGCCCGAUAUGGUCGGUUGGCGAUGGAUUUUGAGACGGCAACCAAAAAGGUCCAAGAACUCGAGAAACUUUGGAGUUUGGAUCUGUCCUCAGGAGAGCUUGAUACAGCAUACGCUCCGGUCCUUUGCCCAACAUGUGGUCAAAGCGUUUCAAGUGACGACUCCGGACAUGAUCUCAGAAGCCUUAAGGGGGCUAUGGAGGACGAUAUUAGCGUUGCGCUGCUCCGGCUCCACGAAGCGCAGACCAUGGUGCAAGACGUUGGCGGUGAACUCGCCGCUGCGAAAGCUCAACACGGCGAAGCCCUCUCUUUGGUCAAAGACUUGAAUACUCAAAAAGAAAAAGAAUCGCAGGUAUGGUCAGAAACCAUCUGUAAACAAGAAAGAGCACUUGCUGACGCUCGAGAAGCCCAGUCGGUUGCAUCAUUUGAGUAUACAUUGGCAGUCAAGGCUUUCCAGCAAAAAGCUAGAAGAGAUGAACUUCAGUCUCAAAUCGAUAGACAACACCAAGCCUUGAGCAACGUGCGAGCACACGCAGAAGCUGUAGAAGCGGAGACUAUGGAGUACAGGAACUUGGUGAAGGAGUUACAAGCAAGCCUAGAUACAGAAGAGAAACAAGUGGCUCUGAUGAGCGAUCUGUCAGAUGCAUUCGGACAAAGGGGAGUGCAGGCUUUUGUGCUUCAAUCGGAGAUCGAAAUCUUACAAACGUUGACCCAAUCCUUUCUCGAUGACUUCAGCGACGGGACCCAAAAGCUUAGCCUUUCGCUUGACGCAGGUGACCGGAUUUCUCGGCGGGCUUACGUCCGCUCCCCCGAUGGCGCCUAUCAUGAACGCCCGUUGGCCUCGCUCUCUGGUGGACAAUGGAGACGAUGUUCACUUGCACUCAAUCUUGGCUAUGCUGACCUUGUUGCUAGACGAGGCAGAUUCCGAUCGUCUCUUUAUAUAAUGGACGAACCCUUGACUCACUUGGAUCGCUCAGGUAGAGCGGAUGUAGGAAGGGUAUUUCGAAAGCUCCUGCGUCGAUCUACUACUAGCGGAGAAGGAGGGCUCGCCCCGUCGACGAUAAUUGUCAUUUUGCAAGAUCUUGCCGCUGAGGAACUUGGAGAGGCCUUCGAUUGCAUCGAUGAAGUUGUAAAAUUCCAAGGGACAAGCCAAGUUUUUGUAGACGAAGAGCUUUAG